AUAGCUCUGCAUUCUGCACUGGCUCUCCGUGAUAUCUCACAAGUGAUUUGAACUGCUAGGAUUUCUAAAUGAGCCUCCCCCCCCCUGGAAGUUAGUACAUUCCUAAAUAAAAUAAAGGUGCAGGUUUCUCCAGCAGUUCAUUUGUCUGGAUAGAUUUCAGAACACGCGUCUGCAGUGAGGUGCCACAGUAGUGAGCUGUUCCAUGAUCUGAGCGAUGUCUUCAUCUGCAGAACCCUACAAGAACCAGAGGUACUGGGAGCUGAAGCAACAAUGCAAAGAACACAAGCAGCUUUUCGAAGACCCAGAGUUCCCUGCUACCAGUGAGUCGUUAUUCUACAAGAACUCCCCCCCUGGGAUUGUGGAAUGGAAGAGGCCAAAGGAGAUUUCUGAUAACCCCCUGCUGUUUGUGGAGGGAAUCAGCUCCCAAGACUUGAACCAAGGAAGCCUGGGAAACUGUUGGUUUGUAGCAGCCUGCUCCUGUCUGGCUCUCAAAGAGGAUCUCUGGCGAAAGGUGAUCCCAGACAACAAGGAACAGGAAUGGGACCCAAACAAACCAGAGAAUUAUGCCGGGAUCUUCCACUUCCAAUUCUGGCGUUUUGGGAAGUGGGUUGACGUGGUUGUGGAUGACCGUCUUCCGACCAUCAACGGUGAACUGAUCUACUGCCACUCAACUGAGCGCAAUGAGUUCUGGAGUGCACUGCUGGAAAAAGCUUAUGCAAAGCUCGCUGGCUGCUAUGAAGCCCUGGAUGGUGGCAACACUGCCGACGCUGUGGUGGAUUUCUCUGGAGCCGUGGCUGAGUCCAUCGAUCUGGAGGCGGGCAAGUACGCAACAGAUAUCCCACAACAGCUCAAGUUAUUUGAAGACCUGCUGAAAGUCAACGAGAGGGGAGGGAUCAUCAGCUGCUUUAUCAAGGCAACCUCACAGUCGGAGGUGGAGGCUCGGAUGAGCUGUGGCUUGGUAAAGGGUCACGCCUACUCGGUGACAGACGUGCGGAAAGCCCGUCUGGGUCAAGGGCUGAUGUCCUUCUUCAAGGCAGAGAAACUCUUCAUGAUCAAAAUGAGGAACCCCUGGGGCAAACAAGAGUGGAACGGGCCGUGGAGCGACUCCUCUGAAGAGUGGGAGAAGGUGGGGAGCAGCGAGCGAGAGAACAUGGGAGUCACAGUCAAGGACGAUGGCGAGUUUUGGAUGGCAUUCGAUGACUGGUGUAAAUAUUUCACUGGGGUGGAUAUCUGUCGCCUCAUAAACACCUCCAUCCUGAGUAUUCACAAGACCUGGGACGAGACGACUCUGCAAGGCUGCUGGACCAAGCAUGCUGAUCCCCUCUACAACCGCUGUGGGGGCUGCAUGAACUACAAGACCACCUUCCUGCAAAACCCCCAGUAUGUCUUUGAUGUGAAGAAAGACGAGGAUGAAGUCCUGAUCUCGCUCCAGCAGCGGGACCUGAAAAUACACAAAAAGAUAGGCCAAGGAGAGAAUCUCACCAUCGGCUUCAUGGUAUUCAAAGUGGAACUGAACAGGGAAUUCCGCAUCCACAGCCUGCAGACGCAGCAGAACGUGGCCACUUCCACGUACAUCAACGCUCGCACUGUGUUCAUGAGGACGACACAACGGAAGGGCCGCUACGUCAUCAUACCCUCCACGUUCCAGCACAGCAUUCUGGGAGAUUUCCUGCUCAGGGUGUUCACAGAUGUGUAUUCCGGAUGCCGAGAGCUGGUGAUGGAUAAGCCUUUGCAGACCUGCUGGAUUGGGUUGUGUGGCUAUGCACAGACAGUGACUCAGGUUCACAUUGUCGGUGCUGAGGGGCUACAGAACCAGGAUAGCUCGGGGGGAGCUGACCCAUACCUGAUUAUUAAGUGUGAAAGACAGACGAUAACCACACCCGCCCAAAACAACACCAUGGACCCAAAGUUCGACACACAGGCCAUCUUUUACAGGAAGAAACCCAGGAAGCCCAUCACUGUACAGAUCUGGAACAAAAACACGGUUCAGGACGAGUUCAUGGGCCAGGUUAUCUUGGCAGCCUCCACGAACGACCCCUCCACAACUCAGAGGCUGCAGCUCAGGAAGAAAGGCCGGGCAAAGGCUGAUGAGAUGCCAGGGUUCAUCACACUCAGGACUAUCACCUGUGAAAACCUCACAGACCUGUGAAGAGCGCAGGGGCAAUGCGCUGACUGACAGCUGCUGCAUCCUCCAGCUCCAGUGGUGUAUUGACAACAAGCCUCUGGCAGCCAGUCCAGUUUAGUCAAAACCUUGUUCCACCCAGGUCCUUAAUUAAUUUACCUUAACCAAGCAAUACACUCUUAAAGGGUCACAUUCUGACCAUAUUUAACAACUGUAUAACUGUUUCAUGUUAACUGUUAUAGAUAUACAAAUGUAAAAGGUCAAAGUAAUUGCUUGCCUUAUAUUAGUAUUUCAGUCAGUGUUUUUCCUAUAUUGCUACCUGUAAUUCAAUAAGUGCUACUUCCACCCAACACAAAACUGAUAAUGUUUGUCUCUGAAUACAUUGAGAGCGUUUUUCAUUUAGCAUUUGAAUCUCUGUUCCAGCUUGACUCCAGAGGGGUCUGGGUGCAACACUGCAUAUUAGGGUAGACUCUGCUACUUGCUGCCAGCAUGUCCAAAGUGAAUGAAAACCAAUGGUGGUGAUCAAAAGGGACUGCACAUUACUUCAGUCACCACUCAGCUCAGUGUUGAGGUAUGCAUGUGGUAUUUUACAGUGCCAUAGUAAAUGGUGCACAAUUGUAUAUAUUUUAUUAAACACUACAUGGCAACACAUUUAAUAGAAUGCCUGCAAAUUUCUAUUGACAUAUGGUUGCCUGUGAAAGUUUUUUUUUGUUCCAAACUAUUAUUAGCACACAUUUUGUCAAAACUAGAUACUCAAAGCUACAGUAUUUACUCCAAAUAGUCAUUAGCACAAUCUUUUUCCAGAAGGAAAUAAAAUGAUAAACAAAUGACGACUACUCAAAAGCCCCUAAAAUAAAUGCCUGAAUUGUAUAUUUCUGGUUUAGUAACUUCACUGAGUGCAUUUCUCCUGCUUGAAAAGAAAUGUGCUCAUGAAGAUUUUUCUACUGAUACCGAUAAACUUGGCUAGAGUCAUACUGAACUGAAAUGCAACACCAAAAGAACAAGAAGAUAUUCCAUUGGAAUUCUUAGCGCUUGUCAGUCCUUGUAGUAAAGGGGAACCCAAAUUAUAUAGAAUAAAUUACUGUUUCUUGGUGUUCAUUUUUAAAGCUAAAUGCAACCCAGGUGAAAUAUUUGUAACUUUAAAGCAAUCAGAUAAAACAUGUUUUUUUGUAUUAUUUGUCCACAAUGACAUGGGAUCUUGCUACAGUCUUUAUUCCACAAGCCUUUAAAACCAUUGUGUAAGAAUUGUAUCCAAACUUUACUAAAUAUAUCAUGUUUACAUCUAAAA